GGCUGCUGAGCGAGCGAGCUCUCCCCUCAGAAAAUCCCUUCCCGCCUUUUCGGAAGGAGGCGGCCCCCAAUUCCUCCCCCCGCCGGGGCGUUUUUUAUUGGGGGGGGGAGGAGACCGAGCUAUGGCCGACGAAGAGCGGGCUGAACACGGCGGCGGCAGCCGGGGAGGAAAGCUCAGCCUCAAGCGCAAGAGGCGGCAGCCGCAGCAGCAGGAGGAAGAAGAAGAAGACGCGGAAGGACGCCCGUCUGCCAUUCCUCGCCGAGCGCCUACAUUUUCCGGCAGCUCUUGCUGGUUUGAAGAGCAAGGCUUAAGCGGUGCUGAAAUCGCGUGGAUGACAUUACUCAAGUCUGUGGACCCACAUCUGCAUCGCUCAAGUUUAGAAAAAGUAGUCAACCUUCCCAAGUUUCUUACAAAGAGCUCACAAACUACAAAUCCUCAGCCAGCCCCAGAAACUUUUGACAUUGGAAUGAAACAGUUUCAGUGGACUCCAUUUCCACAUUACCACACAAACAAUUCAAGAAGUAAAAAACCUCCUGAAAAUCAAACUCUUAGUUUGAUAGAAAGAGAAAAUUAUGCAGAUGGGAGCCUCAGUGUUAUUUCUCCUGUUCCCAAGCAAAACCCCAUUCCAGCUGGUAAAUAUACUGCUGAGGAAACAACAACUGGACACAACAAUCAUCUUUCCCCUAAGCUAGAAGGUAGAGAAAUCAUUGAAAUGUGUCUGCACUCAACCCAGCAGAAUUCACCAGGACAUUCAUCAACAGCUGCACCGAGCCAGCCAAGAGUGUUUGGAAAGCUUUUGAAAGGGGCUACAGCACAGAGUGAAGGAAAAAACAGAAAGGAAAAUAAGAUACUAUCAAAUGAUGAUAAGCAAAGUACUUUGUUGUACCAGCCUAAUAAUACCACAUCAGUGUUACCUAUGCAGGAUUCUCCUGCUGUUUCUUUGAGUGUCAGCAACCAAGAAAAGACAGAGGACCACAGGGAGGAAAUCUUAGCUCUCAGCCAGUGUCCCAUGUGUCAGAUCCACUUUACUGGAACGUGGUCAAAACUGGACAUUGAUGGUCAUCUUGCUAAAUGUUUGUCUGAAAGUGACGUAGAUGUAAUUUGGUAACAAAGAAGAUAGCAGAGAACAGCCAAUGCUUAUUAGUAGUCAAUAAAUUUGCAGAAAUUUACCAC